ACACGUGCUGUGUGGCUGCGUGAUCCCCAGAUGUGCAGCGCCACAAAGUGAUAACAGCUGUGGCCUUGGCCCAUGUAGAGAAGACACCCACAAGCAGCAUACACACACUCGGGGAGCGUGGAUUUGUUAAUGUGACCUGACAAAAUGGACCUGCUCCAGACUUUGGGACCACAGGCCUUUGAGGUGACUUUCUUCCUCUCCUUCCUACUGCUGCUAUACUCGGCCAUAAAUCUCCACAUGCUAAUGUCCAUGGUCUUAUUUUCUCUGCUCUACUACACGUACCAAGUCAUCAGAAAGAGAACUGUCAAAUAUACAUCACCUACAGACAAGUAUGUUCUCAUUACCGGCUGCGAUACAGGUAUCGGACACAGCUUGGCUAUCACCCUAGACGACAUCGGGUUCAAUGUGAUAGCCACAUGCUUGCAUGCAGAGGGAGAGGGUGCAAAGCAACUGAGAAAGGCGGGGUCGAAGAGGAUGCAUGUAUUGGAAGUGGACGUCUCAAGUGAUGACAGUGUUGCAAAAUGUCUCAAAUAUGUCGAGAACGAAUGCCAAACAAUGGGAUUAUGGGCUCUCGUCAACAACGCUGGAAUAAACUUUUUGGGCGAUAUAGAGCUUGCAACAAUGAAACAGUACAUCUACAUUAACAAUGUCAAUAAUUUUGGUCCUCUAAGGAUGACGAAAGCAUUCCUUCCUCUCAUACGAAAGGCAAGAGGUCGCGUCGUGAAUGUGACCAGCGUCAAGGGUAGGUUUGCCUUGCCCUCAAACGCUGCGUACAGUAUGACCAAAUGGGCAGGAGAAAAUUUCUCAGAUACUCUUAGAUUAGAGAUGAAGAAAUUUGGGGUCAAGGUCAUUAUCAUGGAGCCAGGGCAUUUUGGUGGUGCCACUGGGUGCCUGAACAAAGAAGGGGUUGCCCGUAUAAGAAAGGAUCUUGACGAGCAGUGGGAGGAAUCGUCCGAGGACGUGAGAUAUACCUACGGGAAGGAGUACCUUGACGAGCAGUUCCAGGCAGCCAUCUCCUCCUCCUCCACCAGCUUCCCUACACUGCAUCCCAUUAUGGCAGCUUUCAAGGAUGCCCUUUUGAACGAGCAGCCACAGAAUAGAUAUCUAACGGAUGGCAGCAACGGCUUGUACGAUCCAUAUUGUUUGUGUGCCCGCUUGUAUUGUGUUCUCCCUGAGACGUGGAUGGAUAAGAUUGUAGACUAUCAUUUUGGAAGAGGGCCAGUCGUUAAUGCCCUGAAAUAGGAAACAUGAGUGUAAUGACGCUGGUUAUUUUCCCAAACAAAACUAUCUACCGUGU